AUGCUUCCCCACACUGAUGACCCACCCCAAAUAUCCCACACAGGAGACCCACCACAGAUGCUUCCCACACUGAUCACCCACCCCAGAUAUCCCACACAGGUGACCCACCACAGAUGCUUCCUCACACCGAUGACUCCACCCCAGAUAUCCACACAGGGAGACUCACCACAGAUGCUUCCCACUGAUCACCCAUCCCAGAUAUCCCACACAGGAGACCCACCACAGAUGCUUCCCACACCCGAUGACCCACCCCAGAUAUCCCCCACAGGAGACCCACCACAGAUGCUUCCCACACCGAUGACCCACCCCAGAUAUCCCACACAGGAGACCCACCACAGAUGCUUCCCCACACUGAUGACCCACCCCAGAUAUCCCACACAGGGUGACCCACCACAGAUGCUUCCACACUGA